AUGAACUCCUUUCUUCGCGGUCAAAGCGUUACCAUUUUGUUCUUGUCAUUAGAACUUUACUUAGCUUACGUGGAAGGUUAGUGCUGCGAUUUUAGUUCUUUUAAGUUAAAUGCUUCCAUUUAAAUAUCUUUGGAUUACUUUAUAUCAUGUCUUGGUUAUAUGAAAAAAUUCUAGUUUUCACAGUAUGGAACGAGCAUGGUUUUCAUUUUCAUCCACUGCACGUGUCUUUGGCUAAUUUCUUUUGAGUCUGCCCCUUUUUGAACCAUUCUCAACUAUGAAAUAAUAUAUAGAUAUAAACAGAUUUUAAAUUCAUAUGCACCUACUUUCAACUUAAAUAUUUUCCGUCAGAUUCCUUCUUUAACUUAGCUGUUAAUUUAUUCUUUAAUAAAUGUUGCAAUUUCUGCACAACCGGGUUUCAAAACUCUUCUAUCACAUGAAACGCUUACCUUCUGCAUGAAUGCUCUUUGAAUUUCUAAAAUAAGAAAAACAUAUAUUUAUUACCCAGAGGGGCAAUACGUACGUCCCACAAGGAUAUUGCUGUUCCAGGUCAUAAUCACUUCUGUGAUGCUGAAGUCAUUACUUGGUGCUUUUUUAAAUCUGUUUAAGCACAAAAUACUCCUAUAUACUGGUUAUGAAGAUAUCAAACAAGCAGAGAGGAGAAGUGACGGCGACGGCAACGAGAACGGCAAAAGGCAAUAGGUUCAGAUUGGCAAAACAACAACUUUGCACCUGCAUCGCGCUUUUUUGUACAUUUCUUAGCCGUCGUAGCACGACUACGACGUGAAACUUCCUAAUUUCACGCGUCCACUUUAUAAACUAGGUGGACACAACACAAUUUCUUUUUCUUUUUCUUAACGUAAACACGGUCCUUUCGGAUUUAACCCCAGAAAAUUUAGCCAACAUUUGAAUUAUUAAUUCAAACUGAACGAGAACGAUGAAGUCUGAAACAGUUUUACGUGACGUUUGCCGGCUUGUUGUCAUCCAGAAAUUUUGGCAACGUGACGUAACAACUUCUAAUACUAUACUGUCGCAAUUUGUAAUAAAUCUAUCCCACUUUGUAAAACCUUAGCCUGCGAACAGCAGACGCAUUUCCGGUCGUCGCUUCUCUCCCUCCGAUAAAUAGCGUCUGCGAACCCGAGCGGCAAAACGAUUUCCGUGACGUAAAACCUUUUUAGCCAAUCACGAUUUAGCUCUUAAAAUCAAGGAACUAACUCGCGAGACUUCUCGCAAGAUCGUGCACGGUGGAUAUGUUUACAAGUCCAAAUUGAAAGGACGACGUAGCUUGUGUAUAGCCGCCCUUUUUUCUCAGAUCGACGCGUUUACGAAAGUUAAUUUGCCAGGAUCGUGGGACUGAUUGAUGAAAUAAGCAUCAAGAGGAUUCACAUCGAAGAAAAGAUUUGAGGACAUUUUUUAUCUAUUUGCUUACGGAGUCAAUGAUAUCACACCUAGUUGUUUUGAUCAUAUUCGAAACGAUAAAUGUUCUAAUAAGAGUAGACGCAUCAUGCCGUUUGUUGCUUCUGUUCCUUUCUGGUUCCUGGCAGGAAAGUAUGCUUCGGAGAACUCUUCGAUAGUUUGUCGUGUGCCGCUUUAGACAUUGUAUUUUUUGAGUAGAUAUCCUUUAUCUUUGAAAGCUAGGACGUGUGAUAAUUGAUUUCCCAUGCGUGGUUGCUUCUUGGUUCAGACAGAACUUUGAUCAUAUCGAAAGCGUUUUAUGUUUGUUCUUAUAUUUCUUUAAAAUCAUGUUCUUUUCAAGGUUUUAACUUCCAUAGUUUUUUGCGAGGUGAGUCGACGCGUUGUAGCUGAAAUUGCAUCUUGACUAUGAUCAAUUUACUGCUGUAACUAUUUAUUUCACGCUGGGUCUAGCCCAGGUUUAGUUUAUAAUAUUUCAGGUCAUUGUGUUGUGGCGAUCCUAGAAUUAUUAACGAGCGAUUGUCAGAGAUUUCUGAAUCAGUCAAGGAUGUGUCUGUAUAAUUAUUGAUUCACCACCUUUUGUCAGCGCUGGUCAUGAAAUUGAAAUAAAUCAGUCUGAGCGCAAUGUCAUUAAUUACUUUCCUUUCGUUGUAGCGAUUAUUUUGUCCAGGUUUUUUUUUAUGUCACGUACUACUGUAUUUUAUAAAGCGAAACCAAAGGCCCACAUUACAUACAUAGCUUAAGAAGCAGUUGCUUCAUAAAGAAGUCAGCAUUCAACGUCGCAGGAAAUCUUGUUAUGAUCGCGAAAAUUCACGUUCCAAAGCGUUGUUGGUAACUCUCGCCGAAAUCCUAGACGCUUCAGCGCGCGAGGUCGCGAGGAGUCACUCGAGUCUUAUUCUAUCCUUUGAUCUGAUUGGCCAACAUCAAAACAAAAGGUUCACGUCACGGAAAUCGUUGUGCCGCUCGGUUUCGCAGACGCUAUUUUUCGGAGGGAGAGAAGCGACGACCGGAAAUGCGUCUGCUGUUCGCAGGCUAGUAAAACCUCAGUGUCGCAACUUGUAAUGAACCGUGUCGCACUUUGUAAUAAAAAGGCUGUCGCAAUUUGUAAUAACUGUCCAUUGCACUUUGCAAUAAACUAAGCUGUCGCAAUUUGUAAUAAUUCCAUCGCACUUUGUAAUGAACUUAAAUUGUUUUCUUUAGUCAAACAUGCAUGUCUUCCGACAUAAUUUUUCUACCUUAAUUAAUCAUUAAAUUAAAUUAAAUUAAAACUUUAAUAAAUACUCCCAAAAAAAGGUUUUUCAGUACCUAUUUAGAAAUAUAAAUGCAAGCUAUAUCUAACAAGCUAAUAAUUGUUAAAUGCUAACUGUCAUUCGAUCAUUCAUUCAUUACAAGUUUCAGGGCUUUCUUAAAGGCCUUUACAGUUGUAGCGUUUCUAAGGUCUUCGUCUAACGUGUUGCACAGGGAUACUGCUCUAUAGGCGAAGGUACGUUGGCCAGUGGCUGACCUGAAUAAUGGGAUUUUGAACUUCUCAUUAUUACGGGUUCUGCGAUUAUGUACAGAAGAUCGUUUUCUAAACUUAGCACAUAGGUAUUCAGGAGCUAAAUUACUGGCACACUUAUAAGCCAUAACAGCGUCUCUGAAUUUGAGCAUCUUGCUAACUGGAAGCCAGUUGAGUUCGUCAAGUAAUGGCGUCACGUGGUCAUAUUUCCGAGCGCCGCAGAUAAUGUUGCAGGCGAAAUUCUGAAUAAGUUGCAGCUUUUGGAUGUUCUUAGAUGAGGUAUUAGACAACACGGUCGAACAGUACAGCAUUUUGCUAAAGACAAGAGAUGUAAUAAUUAAAACCAAAGUCUUUCUAUCAAAACAAUAUUUCACGCAGUUGAUCUGAACCAGUUUAGUCAAGCAAGAAGAGACUAAGUGGGAGAUAUGAGUGUCAUAGGUCAGGUGUAAAUCUAUGUAUACUCCUAGAUCUCUUGCUGAUUCGACAGCCAUAAGAGUCUUUCCAAUAAACGAAACAGUAAAAUUAACUGAAUGUUUACUUAUCAUUUGCUCGGUGCCGAUCAACAUGAACUUCGUUUUCUCAGGGUUUAUUAACAAAUCAUUUAUGCAACACCAGGUGGCAACAUUUCGCAAAUCAUCUUCGAGCUUAAUCACGUGACCAACGAGAAUCCAUCAUGGCUCUUGCUUUUAUGAAAGACAUGAAACUUCCUGUGACAUGCUGCCAAAAAAAAGAUAUGAGUCAUUUGAUAUAUUUGAAUUAAAAAAAUAUUUAAAUGACAAAAGCAACAUUUAACUACAGAAAAUUCAUGAAUAACCUGGCAUUCGUCGUCCCAAUCCAUGUUUGCUUGCUACGUGACACUUGAAGUCUUCGGGGGUGGGGGAGGGAUAAUCCCAUAUACAUGUAUGGGCUAGGUAGGUAAGUACGCCCUUUCCCUAGAUCCGCCACUGUACAACCCUAUAAAAUUAAGGAUACUAAUGCAGUAUUUACCAUCUUUGUCCCCCCUUUGCAGCAUAUAUUUGCCCAGAGCAAAUUUGAUCUAUUUUUUUGUGCAGUGUUUUGUUCAUGUGCGUGGACGGAUGUUAACUGUUUCAGGUGAAUGUCGAGAACUGCGGUUUCCAGCUUCCUUCUCCUUUACCGCCAAACGUCUGCAGAACCACGCAAUAAGAACUCAGCAGGUCCCAGAUGUAGGUUUCUGCGAGAUACUUUGUUUGUGGGAAUCUAACUGCGUCAGUAUUAAUUUCAAAGAGAAAACAGGGAGCUGUGAGUUGAACAAUGCAACUCAUCGAGGGUAUGGUUAUCACCUGGAGGACGAUGCCGACUACGUAUACCAUGGAGCAAAUGUAAGAGUAUAUCAUAAGAUUUAGACUUAGAUUUAGAUUUAGCUAAGCCAAAAGCGAAGCUCUCGUGGGAAUUUUGAAAAAAUGUCUUUCUGAAGUAAAGUUGUUUAAGCCUGCGAUCAGUUGAAUACCAUAACCGGGCAGCGGAAAACUUAAAUAAAACACGACACCUCAAUGAAUUUUUCACCUGAGCCUGCGAUACAGUCAUGUGACACUGGUCAGCAGAUACCCUAUUGUGACAGCUGUCAAUAGAUCAUAACAUGGAUGCGAGCAAGUAAGGCAUUUCACAUCCGGUAACAUGAACAAGCGGAAGUACGAACGGAAGAUUUUGUCGGAACCAAAUUUCUUGCAUGCACAGAUUUACAAAAAGUUUCUAGAAAAUCCGGUUGGAUAAAGCAAAUGGAACAAAACGUUUUGGGUAGUUCCUGCGGACGAUUUCCAGGAGCGACGGAACAUCUGGAAAGGUAGUCCUGUUUUUCCCGACGGAAUAUUCCAAACGGAAAUUCGUGUUCCAUUUCUUAAGAGUCACCCUUGAUACCAGCUUCAAGGUCGUUUUUCAGUAAAUGGAAGUGAUUUGUACAAAUGGCAAAAGCGGUUGUAGGACGAAAUUUCCAAGUCCUGAAUUAUUUUGCUUACCAUUUGCCUAAACUGUGGACCGAUAAAUCGAUAAAUCACUAUCAAGUAGGCCACAAGAUUCAACUGUAAAAUGUUUACUGGUAAUGCCCUCACCUAGCUUCUGACGCACGUCCGUAGGAGUGCGUUCCUUUGGGAUGAUCUAGAUCAGGAUCACUCAUCCGAGAUCACUCGGAUCAUGGUAGAUCAAGUGAACCGAUGACUCCUUAUCCAGAGUGGAUUCAUCGGUUCAUUUGAUCUACCAUGAUCUGAGUGAUCUCGGAUCACUGAUCCCGAGCCGGAUCAUCUCAAAGGAACGCACCCUAGGACUUUGGGCUUGCAUAAACGCUUGGCAUAGCCCUGCCUGGGAGGUUUGGCCUCACUCUUCCGAUUUCAACUGAAUUUAUAUAUUACUUAUUAACCGAGAGUGAGGUCAUAACAGGCAAAUCUCAGACCGCGAGGCCUUGAUGUAUUGACCGAACGAACGCAACGGCAAUACAUCAAGGCUGAGGUCUGAGUUUUUCCUAUAAUGACCAAACGAACGAGGUCAAUUAGUAAUAUCAGUUAUAUGGCCUUUUCAUCAUGGACUGCCUCAGUCAGCAUGCGAUCAGUUAAAACCAACAACUGGACAGCAAAUAACAAGUCACCUUAAUGAGUUGUACACUUGAACCCGCGACACAGUCAGGUGACACUGGUAAGCGGAUUUCCUUUUUUGACAGCUGUCUGUAUGACCAUAGGGAUGUCCACUAUUGUAUAUGCCUUGGAAACCUAGCUAGUAAUUCCCAGUCAUUACAAGAAAACAGCCAAUCAGAGCGCGCAUACUAUUAUAGCCAUGUAAAAAAUUAGCAGAGGCUUUUUUUGAAAAAGUGCCCCGCUUAAUACCCACACUUUCUUUCCUGUGUGCAGAUCGGAUGCAGAAAUAGACAAAAGCACGUCUACUCGGCAGAUUUAGUCAACACAACGGCAAAUGUGAACAUGAUAGAGCGCGGAAAGGUGAAAGCGAAUUACAGAGCUUUAAUUAGCCUCUCUGCCAUGGGUCAUUUCGUUUUUUAGAUCUGCCCGAGCCUACGUCACUGUCGUCACAUUAGGGCCAUUUAUACGAGGAAAAAUAAGACGCGUCUUACAUAAGACGCAAACUUUCCGUAUAAACGGCACAUUUCGUCUAAAAUAAGACGCGGCUUAGCUAAGACGCGUCUUAUUAGAUAAGACAUGCUCGUAUAAAUGGCACAGUUCGCGUCUUAUUUAAGACGCGUCUUAUGUAAGACGCGUCUUAUUUUUCCUCGUAUAAAUGGCCCUAUUGUCUAAUUUGCCAUAUCUGCCGACGGUCCUUUGCUUGGGGAGGAAAUUUUUGCAUGUCUUACCCAGACAAGUUUCGCUUUAAUUACUUAGAUUUGCUACAUCAUUUAAUACCUUUUCAUCUCAUUCACCGUUCAUUUGUUUCUUGAAAGAGUGCUUGUGACGUCAAUCCAUGCCAAAACAAGUCUACCUGCCAGUCGGGAUUUACAGACAAACGGUAUCGUUGCGUAUGUGCGCCGGGUUUUACCGGCGAAGAUUGUGGACAGGGUAAGAAUAAAUGAAUUGAAAACGAUUUUGUUUUUCUACCAUUCCUUCUAACACUAUUAACUGAAGGAUGCUGCUGAUUAAGAAUUAUUUUAAGAGCCAGCUUUGAUUUCAUUUGCUUUUGUUAGGCAAAAAAAGUAAAAUAAAGCUGGGGAGUACUCCGUAUGAACCCUUGCUCACAACUUUGUGAGGUCGUCAGGACGAACGAAAGCGUACCCGGGGACAAUUAAGGGGGUAGAACAGACUCGUACCCAGUCGCUAUUUAUGUGUUUUUGGGGUGAGAGAAAAUUGGGGGUUAGGUUGAGGCGCGCGCGGGGUGUCAUGGGAAGAGGCGAAGGAAAAAUAGCGACGCAGAAUAUUGCUUUAUGGAAAGAACAAAAAGAGCGCGCAUGGCCUUCCUAGUUUACUUGACAACCGAGGUAAAGGGGAACUUAAAUACUCCUUUUCCCCUCAUCUCACACACAGAUGUUAGCUACACACGCAAUUUUUUGUUACAAGAGUAUAGUUGACAAAGUACUUUUUUCAUGACAAAAGAAAUGAAACAAGGAUUAUUUGUUCUUGUUUUAGAAAUAUUGUGAUUCACAGACUAACAUGACUAUGCACUAGGCGUUGUUUUGAGACAAUUCAGUGGGAUCCAGCUUGGCUGUUGUUUGCUUGGUAGCUUUAAGCAAGUAACUUCUUUCAAAUUUAGUCCUGUGUCGUUUAUUACUAUACAGAGUUUUUUCCUUAUCUGAAAUAUUUCAAUUUGUCCAGAUAUUGACGAAUGCAGUGUCUUUCCUUCCAUGUGUGAUAUAAAUGCCAUCUGCCGGAAAAGUGAAGGAUCUUACCUAUGUUCAUGUAAGGAGGGGUUUGCUGGUGAUGGCAAGGCUUGCAAAGGUAAAGCGAAUAACCUAUAACCUAUUAAAAGUAUAAUAACCUAAAGGUGUAGUGCUACUAUAAACAAUUCUUAACUAUACGUGCGUCUAUUUAGCAAUUAUUCCUCGAGCCCGAAUGGCCUCUGAGUCAAUAGCCCAUGAGGCUGAAGGCCGAAUGGGCUAUUGACUCAGAGGCCAUAAGGGCGAGAGGAAUAAUUGUUUUAGUAAAAUACAACUAGUUGGUCAAAAAUGUCGAGAAUAAAAAAAAUUAGCUAGUUAAAGCUAGACUUGAAUCCCUUUUUGCCGCCAAAAAGCCCGCGCUUUUCGCUACUGGUGGGCUAUAACAUAUAACCUAGUAGUAGCUCAACCAAUCAGAACGCAGCAUUGAUAACAGACCACUAGUUGGAUUUUACUACUGAGGAAUAACUAGACUGAUUGAAUCAUACAUAUUAGAUCAAGAAUUGAGAAUAUACAGAGUUUUUUCCUUAUCUCAAAUAUUUCAAUUUGCCCAGAUAUCGACGAAUGCAGUGUCUUUCCCUCUAUCUGUGAUAUAAAUGCUAUCUGUCGGAAUAGUGAAGGUUCUUACCAGUGUUCAUGUAAGGAGGGGUUUGCUGGUGAUGGCAAGGCUUGCAAAGGUAAAGCGAAUAACCUAUAACCUAUUAAAAGUAUAAUAACCUAAAGGUGUAGUUCUACUAUAAACAAUUCUUAACUAUACGUGCGUCUAUUUAACAAUUAUUCCUCGAGCCCGAAUGGCCUCUGAGUCAAUAGCCCAUGAGGCUGAAGGCCGAAUGGGCUAUUGACUCAGAGGCCAUAAGGGCGAGAGGAAUAAUUGUUUUAGUAAAAUACAACUAGUUGGUCAAAAAUGUCGAGAAUAAAAAAAAUUUAGCUAGUUAAAGCUAGACUUUAAUUCCUUUUUGCCGCCAAAAAGCCCGCGCUUUUCGCUACUAGUGGGCUAUAACAUAUUACCUAGUAGUCGCUCAACCAAUCAGAACGCAGCAUUGAUAAUAGACCACUAGUUGAAUUUUACUACUGAGGAAUAACUAGACUGAUUGAAUCAUACAUAUUAGAUCAAGAAUUGAGAGGAAACAUAAGGAGAGGGAAAAAUCAAUGUAGGGAUAUGGUAGAUGGGUUGAAAUGAUUUGCAAAACAUUUGAAAAGAAAACAAAACUAACUAUCUGCAAAUAUUUAAAACAUGUCUGAAAGUGUUUUGUCUGACAUCGAGACGCUCAUUGACAGAUUAUCUAAGGAAGACGAGUGGGAGUGUUUCGUUUGAUAUUCAAUCACCGAGAUUUAACAAACACGCACGAUAUCCCAGCACUGUGACUGCGUGUGUUCAAAAACGGAUGGCAGAAUCUCGUGUGAUAUCCAGACUCUCAGAGGUGAUAUACCAAACAGAUGAAGGAGCGUUUAGUCUGAUAUCAGGACAAAAUGAAAAGUGAAACACGAAUCACCAGUGGGAGUGUUUCAUCCAAUAUCCCGCGGCCACCAGUGGAAAUAUACAAACACGAGUGGGAGUGUUUCAACUGAUAUCAAGACACAAUUGAAGUUUUUCAAAAGAGUCGCGACCCAUUUUUCCCGUCGAUUCUGAUGUUUCUGAAUAUUGGUUGAAACACGUCAUUUUAGCAGGCGCGUUUUUAUAUAGCUCCUCAAAUAAUCAGCUCUAUUCAAGUUUUAGAGAAAUUCAUUCUUGGAAAUUCGAAACAUGCUAUGACGAUCAACAUUACAUUUCUUUGUUUCUCCUCCAUGUGUUGUUAACGAGUUUCAGAGACGCCACCUAGAAUUUAUAAUGUACUGUUAAUCGUGUGUUUGAUUUUGCUGCAUUAAAAGAAUAUAAGCAGGCAUACAUUUCGUCAUAUUUUUUAAAUGCAAUAAGAUGAAAAUAAUCUGUUGCUCAUUUCCUCCAGCUUACGAAACCGUUGGAUGUUAUAAGGACACCGCAAAUCGAACAAUCUCAAGUCUAGAAGGACAGGACCCAAUUUUAGAUGGACCAUUCACGGAACGAGAAAACGUCAUUUCCAAAUGCGCGUCGGCUGCCAUCAAAGCGGGUUUCAUUAUUUUUGCAAUUCAGGAUGGUGGUCAGUGUCUCUCAAGUGCCACAGCACCGCAAACGUUUGACAAAUAUGGAGAAUCAAAUGAUUGUCAGUCUGAUGGGGAAGGAGGAGUGAUGGCCAAUCACGUUUAUUACAUCAAAGGUACGAUAUAAUGGUCGUAGAGAAAAAAAAAACACUGCUCCGGGGAGGAGCAUUGCCAACUAUGGGCUACAUAGGUUUAUUGUUCAUCCAAAAUAUUUCACCGUCUCUGAUUCGCUCCAAUCUUCCGGCCAUUUUUUCAUAAGCAACUGGCAGUUAUCAUAUUUGGAAGAUGCGAGCAAUGUAUCAUCGAUGCGAUGGUAUAUUUAGGUUGUUCGAUGGUAUAUUUGCCUGAAAUCGAGGCUGCUUAAGUGACAGUAAAUUAAUAAACGGCGUUCUCGGCUUUCCAAAAAACUAAAGACUAAGUUUUCAACAUAGUGUACGAGGAUUUAUGCUCACUUUACUAGAACUAAGAAAUAUUUUGAAUGAAUAAUAAAACAAUUAUUGAAUUGGGCUUUCGUAUGAUGUGAAGAAUUAUGCUGAUCUCGGUGGCUGUUAUCCACCUCGGCCAAAAACAUUCUUCUCGACCUGCAUAAUUAUUCACAUGAACCAUUCAGCGUCAUGCAAUAAUGAUGUUUAAUGUACCACUCUGAGGGUUGUGGUUUCAAGCGGUUUAGUCUUGGAUAGGGUCAUAGAAUUCAGGGCGUUUUGGUCUAGAACUGGGUAUCAUUUUCCAGGAAACUGAACAAAUGGUUGAUGACUUUAGUCUGGACUUGGGAAACUGCGAAUUGACACCUAAAACAUGAAAUCCGAAAAUUCAAAUUUGCUAACAACUCAGUUUAAUAGCAAAAGCGUCGACUUUGGUAUUGUCUGGAAAUAGCGACUCAAGGAUGGGAAGGACUUUGGGAGUUUUAAUAGUCAGGUAUAGUGUAACAAAAGUCAGCUAAACUAAAUCUGGUAAGAGUCAAGAGAGGAUCUCUUGAUCUGCUAUAGACUAUAAGGGUUCCACGGUCUUAGUAGUAUAUCCCCGAUCUAAAGUAGCACCUUAGGAUUUGCAGACUGCAACAAUCAUCUUACGGAAUGAAGCAGUUGAGAGAAUUUCGCGACACAACCAGAGUCGCACUGAACAAUAGAAAUCGCGGGAUAGUCGGUGGAAAACAAGAUCUCAAACAUACUGCAGAAGCUUAUCGUCAAACGUUGGAUAGCGAUUUCCACCUGGAAAAUUGCUAUUCGGUUGAUGAAUAUUACGAGAACCAAUUGUGCGCUAUCCUUUGGAUAGUAAUUUAUCCAUUGGAUAGCACUUUCCACCUUUUUGACCGCAACUGGGACCAGAUGUCUUUCUGUAUAACGGCAAAAGUUUUGCUUACCGUAUUUAUUCGAUUAACCGCCCUGGGCGCUUAUUAAAUUUUUGGGCCUUGAGAGAGGGCGCUUAUUCAAGGCUGGGCGCUUAUUAAAUUUUCACCAUUUUCAUCAAGUGUAGUUUGUUUAUUUUGCAACAAAACCAUAAAUGGUAAUAACGAAACGCGAAGAUGUAACAAAGCAAGGUUACUGUGAAGUGGCCAAUUAAAUGAAACCUGAACACAAGUGGACGGGGCUUAAUUACGCGGGAUGACGUAGUCAGCUAGGGUCAUAAAUUCGGUUAUGCAUUCCUUUCGUAUUCUUUGGUAAUUAACUAGUACCAACGCAAUUUCCAUUUUUCAGGAUAUGAUAGCGUUGGAUGUUACAACGAUACCAGCGAUCGAGCAAUUCCAUCCCUGGAGGGGAUGGAUCCUAUUUUGGACGGAGAGUUCCACGUUAGAAAAAAUGCUAUUGCCAAGUGUGCGGUUGCUGCAAUAAGAGCAGGUUACAGUUUGUUUGGUGUUCAGGCUGGCGGCUGGUGUGCAUCCAGUGCUUCAGCUCCACAGACUUUUGACAAAUAUGGGCAAUCUAACGACUGUGGAGCUGAUGGCGAAGGUGGAUUUUGGGCCAAUCACGUUUAUUACAUCAAAGGUACGAUAUAAUGGUCGUAGAAAAAAAAAAUACCGCUCCAGGGAGGAGCAUUGCCAACUAUGGGCUACAUAGGUUUAUUGUUCAUCCAAAAUAUUUCACCGUCUCUGAUUGGCUCCAAUCUUCCGGCCAUUUUUUCAUAAGCAACUGGCAGUUAUCAUAUUUGGAAGAUGCGAGCAAUGUAUCAUCGAUGCGAUGGUAUAUUUAGGUUGUUCGAUGGUAUAUUUGCCUGAAAUCGAGGCUGCUUAAGUGAAAGUAAAUUAAUAAACGGCGUUCUCGGCUUUCCAAAAAACUAAAGACUAAGUUUUAAACAAAGUGUGAGAGGAUUUAGGCUCAAUUUACUAGAACUAAGAAAUAUUUUGAAUGAAUAAUAAAACAAUUAUUGAAUUGGGUUUUCGUAUGAUGCUAAGAAUUAUGCUGAUCUCGGUGGCUGUUAUCCACCUCGGCCAAAAACAUUCUUCUCGACCUGCAUAAUUAUUCACAUGAACCAUUCAGCGUCAUGCAAUAAUGAUGUUUAAUGUACCACUCUGAGGGUUGUGGUUUCAAGCGGUUUAGUAUUGGAUACGGUCAGAAUUCAGGGCGUUUUGGUCUAGAACUGGGUAUCAUUUUCCAGGAAACUGAACAAAUGGUUGAUGACUUUAGUCUGGACUUGGGAAACUGCGAAUUGACACCUAAAACAUGAAAUCCGAAAAUUCAAAUUUGCUAACAACUCAGUUUAAUAGCAAAAGCGUCGACUUUGGUAUUGUCUGGAAAUAGCGACUCAAGGAUGGGAAGGACUUUGGGAGUUUUAAUAGUCAGGUAUAGUGUAACAAAAGUCAGCUAAACUAAAUCUGGUAAGAGUCAAGAGAGGAUCUCUUGAUCUGCUAUAGACUAUAAGGGUUCCACGGUCUUAGUAGUAUAUCCCCGAUCUAAAGUAGCACCUUAGGAUUUGCAGACUGCAACAAUCAUCUUACGGAAUGAAGCAGUUGAGAGAAUUUCGCGACACAACCAGAGUCCCACUGAACAAUAGAAAUCGCGGUUCCACGGUCCCAGCGGUAUAUCCCCCGAUCUAAAGCAGCACGUUAGGAUUUGCAGACUGCAACAAUCAUCGAUGAAAUGAAGCAGUAGGAGAAAAUUUCGCGACACAACCAGAGUCGCACUGAAUUGAGAUCGCGGGAUGGUAGUUGUGACCCCAAGAUCUCAAACAUACUGCAGAACCUGAUCGUCAAAAGUUGGAUAGCGCUUUCCACCUGAAGAAUUGCUAUUCGGUUGAUGAGUAUUACGAGAACCAAUUGUGCGCUAUUCUUUGGAUAGUAUCUUAUCCAUUGGAUAGCACUUUCUACCUUUUUGACCGCAACUGGGACCAGAUCUCUUUCCGUAUAACAGCAAAAGUUUUGCUUACCGUAUUCAUUCGAUUAACCGCCCUUGGAGCUUAUUAAAUUUUUGAACAUUGAGAGUGGGCGCUUAUUCGAGGUGAGCGCUUAUUCGAGGCUGGGCGCUUAUUAAAUUUUCACCAUUUUCAACAAGUGUAGUAUGUUUAUUUUGCAACAAAACAAUAAAUGGUAAUAACUAAACGCGAGGAUGUAACAAAGCAAGGUUUCUGUAAACUACCCCUACCCUGAAGAAAACUCUACGGAGAAGUCUCUUUAUGUUAGUACUUAUUCAAUCUCAUUGUAACCCAAGUGGGUGGGGUGGGGGUGGGCGCUUAUUAACUUUUUUCGCCUUUAGGAUGGGCGCUUGUUUGAGGUGUGCGCUAAUUCGAGGUUGGGCGCUUAUUCGAAUAAAUAUGGUAUGUCAAAAGAAGAGUAGCGAAUUAAAUAAAACCUGAACACGUGUGGACGGGGCCUAAUUACGCGGGAUGACGCAGUCAGCCAGCGUCAUAAAUUCGGUUGCGCAUUCCUUUCGUAUUUCUUGGUCAUUAAUUAGUACCAACGCAAAUUCCAUUUUUCAGGAUAUGAGAGCGUUGGAUGCUACAACGAUACCAUCGAUCGAGCAAUUCCAUCCCUGGAGGGGAUGGAUCCUAUUUUGGACGGAGAGUUCCACGUUAGAAAAAAUGCUAUUGCCAAGUGUGCGGUUGCUGCAAUAAGAGCAGGUUACAGUAUGUUUGGUGUUCAGGCAGGCGGCUGGUGUGCAUCCAGUGCUUCAGCUCCACAGACAUUUGACAAAUAUGGGGAAUCUAACGACUGUGAAGCUGAUGGCGAAGGCGGACGUUUUGCCAAUCAUGUUUAUACAGUAAUAUAGAGCACCUCUAUGGGUACCUGUGUACGUCGCUUUCGUCGCGAAACCAUAAGAUCAAAAUUUGAAUUCUCAUUUGUUAUACCCCUAUUCAUUUCCUACAGAAGUAGUAGCGAGAAGUAGAUAAAAUAUCAAAUAAAUUAAUCUUGGAGUGUAUAAUCAUGUCCGUGAUCCUCAUAGCCACUCUGUUUUACAAAGCAUUGAAUUUUACAAGGAGAAAUUUCAUGGGAUAUUUUUUGUAUGAGCUUUGUGAGAGGUUUUAUUAGUACUUACAAUAAAGUCUUUUCCUGGCUUGGUUCAGUUAACUUGCGAUACAGCGGUAAAUUUAUAAUCAAGGAGUACAUUAAGCGAGAAAAUUCAUGUUCCCUUAUAUCGAGGAUCAUCGGUCUGCUAUUCAAUGACCACUGCUUUGCAUAUAGGAUCGUCUGGAUUUUGAUGGUACUUCUUUGACCAGUAAAUGUAAUGCACCCAGACAUUCAUCUUGGUGAAAUUUGUUCGCUAAAAGUGAAAUAAAAAAGUGAGGGUCACAUGCACCUUAGAGAAAGGAACAAACAAACUUAACAGUAUUAAUUAUAAAUAAUUAUAAUAAUUAUUAUUAUUUUUUUCAUAAACACAUAAUAGGAUAAAUCAUAAGAGCAUGCGUAAAAGUCAUCAAAUAACGUUUCUGUUAGCAUUUCCUUGUUUGAACAGAAAGUAAAAUUACUUAAUAGAUAAUGAGGAACUGAAGAAUGGGCGGUCAAUUGCUGUUAUAAUAAGUAGUAAGUAAUAACAAGAGAGGAUAAUAAUAAUGAUAAUAAUAAUAAUAAUAAUAAUUAAGACGAAGAAUGUCAAUCGUAAGAUAAUGAUAACAAGUAGGGAAAAAAGUUGAAAAAAUAUUAAACUAGGAGUAGUCGGAGCUUAGAAGAGUGCGUUCUAUAUGUUAGUAAGGCGUACAGGUAGCAGUUGAGGAGGAAGGGUGGAUGGUUAUUGCGAUAGAUUAAGCCCGAUUUCCAUAUGAACGUUACGAUCGCUGUGAUCGCUGCGAUCACUGAGAAAAAAAGUUCAGCGAUCAUAUGGAAACCACUCUCCAUCGAUCGCUGUGACAACGAUCGCUGAGAUAGAACUUUUUAUAUCUCAGCGAUUGUUCAGUCGCUGCGAUCGCUGCGAUCGCUGCAGGAGAGUGGUUCCAUCACAGGGGGCCCACACAAUCUGUUUUUGUAGCCGAUUGUUAUUUUAUAGUAAAGGUACUGGAUUUACCGUUUGCUUCACCUAUAGCGAUAUAUCGCUAACUAUGUAUAUAAAUCAAUCAUAAAUAAACGUUGAAUUACGUUACCUGUGGUUUAUAGUCGUCCUUUUGCCUCAAAAGCGGAUUUUUGAGCGAUUUUGAAUGAAUUUGAGUUCGCCGUUGACUGUUCCAUAUAAUAGAAGGACUUUUUUCAGGAUAUGAUAGCGUUGGAUGCUACAGAGGUACCGGCGAUCGCGCAAUUCCACCCCUGGAGGGGAGGGAUCCUAUUUUGGACGGACACUACCGAGUUCGAAAAAAUGCAAUUGCCAAGUGUGCGGUAGCUGCAAUAAGAGCAGGUUACAGUAUUUUUGGUGUUCAGAAUGGCGGAUGGUGUGUAUCUAGUGUUUCAGCUCCCCAAACAUUUGACAAACAUGGGGAAUCUAACGCUUGUGGAGCUGAUGGCGAAGGUGGACCUUGGGCCAAUCAUGUUUAUACUGUAAUAUAGAGAACCUUUGUGGGUACCAGUGUGUACGUCGCUUUCGUCGCAAAACCCUAAAAUCAAAAUUUGAAUUCUCAUUUGUUACCUCCACUCAUUUCCACAGAAGUAGUGACGAGAAGUUGAUAAAAUAUCAAAUAAAUUAAUCUUGUGUGAUCAUAUCCGUAAUCCUCAUAACCACUCUGUUUUACAAAGCAUUGAAUUUUACAAGGAGAAAUUUCAUGCUGAUCACUCUUAGGGCUUAAAGGGUUAUCCUUUAAGAUCGUCCUCCAAACAAUAGCGAUCGUCGCGACUUUGAUUUCGUCGGAAUAGAGAGCCUCAAUAUAAAAGACGCAGAAUCGAAUGUCUUCCGGCUCCCGGUCGGUUCAAGAGUUUAAUAGUACGUACGGUCCAAGGGAUAAUUCACUUUAUAUCCGGUUGAUACGUAUUAGGGAAACCAAUUGUGUUAUCCAAUGGACAGAGGUUAAGAUCAGUAGAGAAUGAUCUGUUAAUUAACACCCGUAAUAAAGAAAGCUUGUAAAAACUCUUGAUGAUCAAGUUAAUAAAAC